AUGGUUCCUAUCUACGGCGAGGGCGAAACAGAGGCGUUUGAAAGAUUGAAACAUGAAAUUGUCACCCGGAACAAGGCAGAUAAGGAACUCGAGGAAAGCUUCGACCAAUGCCUUGCUGAUCUCCGCGUGACUGAUCCCCGAAAUGACAAGUCAAGAAUUGAGUCGACCAAAGGCGGGCUCCUCAAGGCGUCGUAUCGCUGGACCCUGGAAGAUGAGGCGUUCAAAUUCUGGUGCGAAAACACCGAACCGCUGUUAUGGAUCAAGGGAAGUCCUGGAAAGGGCAAGACUAUGCUUCUCUGUGGGCUGAUCGACGGGCUGAGCACUGAACGACUCCCUCAUCAUGGGCGAUUAGUUUCAUACUUUUUCUGCCAGGCCACAGACUCAAACCUCAAUAAUGCACUGGCUGUGCUUCGUGGUCUGAUCUACACGAUUGUCAGACAAAACCGGGCGCUCACCAAAUACGUCUAUCAUGAAUGGAAAGUCACGGGAAAAGGGCUCUUCGAGGACUCCAAUGCCUUUGAUACCUUGGUCAUGAUCCUCGAUCAUAUUCUCGAGCAUGAUACACAGGCAGAGCGUGUUUUCAUAAUCGACGCGCUUGAUGAGUGCUCCAAGGAUCUCCCGAAGCUGCUACGCUUCAUCACUCGGCAAACAUCAGCCCGAUAUUGGAGAGCGUCUUGA